AUGUCGUCGCAUUCUUCGGUCAAUGACGCUGCGAAGCCUCGUCUCCAUACUGCUCGAUCAUUUCCGCGAAUGGACAACCCGGAAUUGAGCUCCUUUGCCCGCACCAGGGCGAAGACUGUUCAAUCGGUAGCAAUUCCAGAGUUGGUGGACUCGACCGCACUCCCCCUUCCAUUGUCAAUAGAGGACGAUGAGCAAGAGAAUGGUCCAGACUUGUUUGAGAAGAGGGGUUCUUCGGAAUCGGAAGCAGGAGAUGAUGGGCAACCGGGCGAAGAGGUCUCUGUCCUGUCUCGGGGCCUGCAGGAUCAACCCGAAGAGCUACCAAUUGAACUAAUGAGCCUAACUGACCGGUUCGUUAACUCGUUAGGCGCCAAGGUACACUCCUCUCCGCCGACCAUCGAGAAGAUAUCUCAGCGCUUUCAAGACUUUUAUGUUCGGGCUGAAACGCACAUUGCUACUCAUAUAUCAGCCCUCGCGUCUCGAAUAAACCGUGAUCCUUCUCCUAACCCUCCCCCGCCCCGUGCUUCUCGGGGGUUCGGCCAGUCUAAAUCAGCAAGCAAAGAUUCAGGCCUUGUUUCAUCCAGCCGGCAGAUGUUGACAGCUUCAGAGGUCGCUGAACGGCGGAAGGCUCGAAAGUCACUCGCCUCUAAAGGCGCUGCUCUGGAAGAAGCUAUCGAGCGAAGAGCUUGUGAAUGUGUCUAUGACAAAAUCUGGAGGCAUAAGAGCACAUUGGAUGAAGUCCGGGAUGAGAAGUUGCGUUCAAAAACGGCAGCGCUACUCUUGGUUGGAAUAAAUCUGAAGGACCUCGGGAUUGACAUCGACAUGGCCACUAUCAAUGAAGAGGAUCAGAAAGAGGCGGAUCAGUGCCUCUCGGUCGCCCGUGAAUGUCUGGCAAGGAUGAACGAAGCGAAAUAUCCUCUGGGGAAGCUUCAGCAUCUGGCUGGCGCACACAAGGCUAUCGUUGAUGCAUUGACAAAGCUUCUUCCUUCGUCCUCCUCGGCUGAUGAGAUCCUACCCACCUUGAUCUAUACGCUUAUCACCUGCCCACCGGAAGGUAUUAACAUCAUUAGUAAUCUUCUCUUCAUACAACGGUUCCGGUCGUCCAAUAAAAUCGAUGGUGAGACGGCUUACUGCUUAACAAACCUAGAAGCGGCAAUCAGCUUCCUGGAAAAUGUAGAAUUAUCGGAGCUACGUGCGGAUGAAACGCAGGAAGGAAAGGUUCAACUCAACAAUGAGACGACACUUACUUCUGACAGCCUUAACACCUCUCAGCGGAUGAGCAAGGCCUCCGUGUCUACUGUUACAAAAGCGAACGCUUCUCCGGAGAUCUCCAAAUCAGCUGUCAAGGAAGAUGCUGCCGAAAGACUACUUAAGCAACAGCCACCCGCGACACCUCAACAACCUCGUCUUAACAAUUUGUUCCAGCCUCCGUCGAAAGUGCUUGGUGCCGCCAACGAUGCUGUUCGCAACACUGCCGAUCAAGGGCUGAAGAAUAUCAGCGCAUCGCUAGACAGCAGCUUCAACUUUCUGUUCGGCCGUCUCAAGGAGCUGCAAUCCAGCCAACUAUCCGCCAAAGACGGUGGCAAUCCAAUCUUGCCGAAGACAUUAGCAGAAGCUCGUCGUCUGGUCACUUCUCCCCCUUCCCUUGAUAAGGGUGUCUCUCGGGAUAAUGCAGUGGGGGACUCUUUAGCGACUCCGGAUCGACCCCCACUGCGGCGAAUCGGCUCAAGGGCGGAAGAUACCUUCAUUGGUAUAGUCAGUGGACACAGGACCCCCCGUGAUCGUAGCACGGACAGUGUGAGGACGCAGGCCAGCUCGAAAAUGACCACUGCCACCGCGGGUUCGCUAAAGGAUGAGCCUUCGUCAGUUACCUCUCAAACGAACCCUUUGCCUACAACCCCACUCGAGUCAAUGAGAAACUUCGGAAACAGCAUCAAUCCGCUUAAUCAUAUUCCAGGGAUGAUACGGAACUUUGGGCGCAGCACGCCGGACUCGGCAGGAAGUUUCAGCACUCUUUCUCCUUCAGAGAAGACGAAGGCUUCACCUACUUCUCGAGAAAUCACCAGAAAUAACAGCGGGAACCCGUCUAAGAUCGAUCCGCCUAUUCAAAGAUUUCUCCAAACCCAACAUGCCAACGAACUGACAAUAGGCGACGUAUCCGUGUUACUCGAAGACUACAAACGACUCGCAGUAGCGUUAUCCAGGCAGGCUCCGGACUCGAAUUGA